AUGCAGCUAACGGCCUUUAAAGCCGGGUUGAAGUUCAAGGAGUUCAUGGUCUCACUUGUGAAGAAUCCCCCACGGACAAUGGCAGAAAUGCUCCUGAAGGUGCAGAAGUACAUGAAUGCUGAGGAUGCCCUAGCAGAAAUCGAAGAGAUAGAAAAGCCUAAUGAAAGGGAAAGAAAGGGAGACAAUCGGAGAGGACAAAAAAGGGAGCGAACAGAUCGUCAAAAUGUUGACAGGAAUAAAAGGAAAGAUGAUAAAACUCUUCGAAUGGUAAGAUUCACUCCUUUAAUUAUGCCUGUUGAUAAAAUUCUGGCACAGAUUAAAGAUAAGCACUACCGCAAGUGGCCAAGGCCACUACACUCGUCACCCAAUGUUCGUGACAAGAGGAAAUACUACUUUUUCCAUAAAGAUCACAGUCAUUACACAGAAGACUGCAGAGACCUGAAGGAGCAAAUAAAGGAACUCAUACGAAGAGGAAAGUUUCAAAAUUUUGUAAAGAAUGGAGAUUCCAACAGGCCCAAGGACAAUAGCAGGGACAAGCCCGAAGCCUCUCCAAGAGACAAAGACCACAAGCCACAUUGUCAGCAGAGUGCAAUAGGAGAAAUAAAGACGAUCACAGGAGGACCAUCCACAGGGGAUUUUUUAGAUCCCUCGAGAAGUCAUACUAGAGGCAGAAGGGUUCAAUACCAAGAGAAUCCUUAUAGACAAAAGCAUCUCCGCAGAUAUCAUCUACUUUUCCGCUUUUCAACAGUUGAAGGUGGCCCCCGAAAGGCUGCGUCCCUUGACUCCCUACUCGUCAGCUUCAAUGGAGACAGAGUGUAUCCCAAAAGCAUAGUGACACUAACGGUCACAGUAGGGGCUUACUUGAAACAAUUGACUCGUCAACUAGACUUCCUGUUGGUAAAUUGUCCCUCCUCUUACAAUGUGAUCGUUGGGAGGCCCACGCUCAAUCGUUGGAAGGCAGCCAUGUCCACCUAUUGCCUGAAGGUAAAAUUCCCAACAGAAAAUGGUGUAGGCGAGGUAAAAAGAGGUCAAGUGCUGGCCAGAGAAUGCUACCAAGAGGUGUUAGUUGCAAAGGAAAACCAUAUGUGGAUAAUCGAGGAGAAAGAAGAAGAGAAGAUGGAAGCCCUGGAGAUUGUGGAGUUAGUAGAUGGAGAACUAACAAAGAUGACUAGGAUAGGGAUGACCCUGAAUUCUGAGAUGAGGACGAGACUAGUCCAAUUCCUCAAAGAGAACCUGGAUGUCUUCGCAUGGAGCCACGAGGACAUGUCGGGCAUAUCCACAAAGGUCAUCCAACAUAGGCUGAAUGUGGACCUCGAGAAAAUGCCCGUCCAAUAG